AUGAAGACCGCCAUCCACGCCCUGGCCCUGUGGCUGGCCACAGCACAGGCCUUGACCAUCCCUCACCCGUACCCACGAGCCACACAAGGUCCUGCCAGACGCCAGGUGCCCAUCGAUGAGACCGAGGCCGAGCUCGUGUCCAGUGCCUAUCUCACAUCCUAUGCCACAAGCGACAUCGUCCCCCGCACGGAGACCGUCCCGCUCAAGACCUCUGUCCAGCGCACCGGCACCGUUGUCAUCCUCCCCACGCUUUCCGUCGAGCCCCAUACAGACGGUGUUAUCAUCACCGACAUUGCCAGUUCGAGCCCGCCUCUGCUGACGCGCAUUAUCGCGUCGCCUACAUCUCUCCUAGAGCCAAUCGAGCCGACAUCGACCACAAGCAGCUCCAGCAAGAGCAAAGGCAAAGGAGGCAAGCGUCAAGCUACGUACGAUGACGGGGACGACAUCACCACAGACCUCAUGGUCGUGGAGGAGCGCCAGACGGCUAAUAUCUUUGACGUGCCCAUCUCCACCAACGGGCCGCCCUCCAUGAUCCCGCGCAGAAAAGACCACCCCGUCAAGGGCAUUGAGCUGCGCAAGUCGGGACCCGUCCAGACCAACAAGUUCUACUCCAACUUCUUCCUCGGCGAUCAGACCAACCCGACGUACACGAUGCCCUAUGCGAUCAACUGGGCCAAGGGUAAAGGGGCCACCGGGAGCUGGGGCCUUUCCAUCUCGCAGAUCCAACCGAAGCAGAAGGUCUACGGACCCGUCAAGUACAACGAUGCCGCCUCGUUCUACAUCAAUCCCAUUGGCAUCCAGCAAAUGGUCCUCUCGGCCACCGAGCUGGGGCCCAAGACGAUUCUCUCCAUCGACCGGAUGGGCCCCUUUUCGGCGCGCAUCAACCUCAAGAAGAACGCCGCCUCGUUCCCGACGAUCCAGUUCCCCCUCGUGCAAGGCAUGCCCUACAUAACGGGCACCUUUGUCGGGGGCACGCCGCUGAUCCAGACCGGCGUCUACAUUCGACAGAUGACAAAGGUGGCCAAGAACCCCAAAGCCAAUGUGGCAAAGUACAACUUCCUUCUCGAGGACGGCACCACCUGGCACGUGUACGCGCACUGCACGGGCGGCGCCAUGCUCAACCUGAAGACGAUCAACAAUGGCCUUGUCCAGAGCACAAAGCCUUUCACUGGCAGCAUCCAAAUCGUCAAGGACACGUUCAGCCGCAACUCGGAGCAAAUGCUCGACGACGGCGCGGGCGUCUACCCGACGGGCGUCGAGCUCACGGGCUCGACGAGCGGCAAGGUCGGCACCUACAGCUUCAAAUUUCAGCGUGCUGGCCACCCCUCCGGGUCUCUGUACAUGUGGGCGCUUCCUCACCACGUUGCUUCCUUUGACGCGGCUACCCGCUCCCGCACCUCGGCCUUUCAGAUGUACACGCACACCAAGGGCAAGUGCACUUUGGUCCGCGACACGGUCUGGACCAUGGUCGAGCCAGAGAUGCCCACCAGCAUGGGUCACGGCCCCUGGGACGCCAGCACCAGGUCGACUCGCAAGUCGCUCUCCGCCUCCGCCAAGGCUGCUGUCCGGGCGGUAGCCCUGAUGGAGGCUUCGCAGGACAUGGACAGCCAGACCAACCUGAACUCCAUGUACUUUAGUGGCAAAGCCCUCCUCAAAUUCGCCCAAAUCUGCUACACGAUCCAGGACCUCGUCGGCGACAAGCCCCUUGCUGCCGCCUGCACCGCCAAGCUCAAGGAUGCCUUUAAUGUUUUCGCACAGAACAAACAGCAGUUUCCCCUGAACUAUGAAAGUCAGUGGGGAGGUGUCGUAUCGACGGCGUCGUACGUCACCGGCGAUCCUCUCGUCGACUUUGGCAACACAUACUACAACGACCACCACUUCCACUACGGAUACCACGUCCUCGCUGCGGCGUUCCUGAGCUACCUGGACAACGAGUGGCGCGACAACAACAAGGACUGGGUCGACACCUUGGUGCGCGACUAUGCCAACCCCAGCGCACAGGACUCGUGGUUCCCCCAGCACCGCAGCUUUGACUGGUACCACGGUCAUAGCUGGGCUGCCGGGCUGUUCGCCUCGCUCGAUGGCAAGAACCAGGAGUCGAGCUCCGAAGACAUCAUGGCCAUGUACGCCAUCCGGCUCUGGGGCAGCGUGACCAAGGACACGGCCAUGAUCGCGCGCGCCAACCUGCAGCUCGCCGUCAUGACGCGCGCGCUGGACAGCUAUUACCUCAUGAAGAGCGACAACACGAACCACCCGUCGCAGUUCGUUGGCAACAAGGCCGCGGGCAUCGUCUUUGAGAACAAGGUGGACCACACGACUUUUUUCUCCUCAGACAUUGAGUGCAUCCAGGGCAUCCACAUGCUGCCCAUCCACGCGCCGACCACGUACUCGCGGUCCAAGGCGUUUGUGCAGGAGGAGUGGGACGCGUACUUUAGCAACGGCCGCGUGGACAAGUUGGACAAUGCUUGGAAGAGUAUUAUCUAUGCCAACUAUGCCACCGUCCAGCCCAAGGCAGCGUGGGACUACUUUAACAAGCAGGGCUUUGACGCCAGCCUCAUUGACGGCGGCGCGUCGAGGGCUUGGUACAUGGCCUAUGCGGCAGCACUCGGCAAAUUAUAG